GUAAAGGAAAGGCCUGGCUUUCUGAUAAAGCCUCAUUAGUUUAUCUUUUUACACUUAUAAACUCUCAAUUAAUUAUGUCCACUGGGUAGUUAAAGUUGCAUUAGUGUUUUGAGCAUUUGGCAGACAGAAGAACAGUAAAACAAUUACAGUAAGGAAAGAAAAUAUACAAAUGGUGGAGUUCAGUUUGAUAAAAUUCUCAAUGUCAACCCUGUUACCAUUGUAAAUCCAUUUUAUUACAAUAAUUCUGUCAAAAUGACAAUGUUUUCAGGAAGUGAACUCAAAUCAAUUUCAUGUAAAUGUAAACUAGAAUAUCAACCCUGUUACCAUUGGGUAAUGACUAAUUUCUAAAAACUGUCAACCCUGUUACCAUCAUAACUCCCUUUUAUCACAAUAAUUAUUUCAAAAUUACAUCAUCAUACUUUCAGGAAGUAAAUCCUGCAAAGUCAAAUAAUUCCAUUAAAAAUCACCAUGGGUGAUCAAGUUGUUUCAAAAGUAACUCUAACAUUUGUUUGUAAACACAGAUUGGUUUGAUAUUUUGUUACCUAAAGCUAAGAAAGUUUAAGUGUUACUUAAGUGUCUAAAUACAUUUGGGGUCUGCUGUACAAAACCCUUCAUUCAAAGCCGAUAUAUCACUGCAAGCCAUGCGCAUUUAGUUAUUCCUCCAGCACUGCAGGAUUCAUGUCUUCAUAGUUAAACAAGGAAUGUAGAUAGCGAAAAGAUAAAGAAAAAAAAAUCACAUUUUAACUAAAUCCCUAAAUUUAUGUAUCUGAAGACAGCCAUUAUUCUUGGAAUUUCCAUUCAAAUAACUUCUGUCAUCUAUUUAGUUCUUUUUAAUUAUGAACCUUUCUUCCAUCUUUCAUGUAGUUAAGUUAAUCCUUGCUUUUCGGUGUCCAUUAUAUUGCAUAAAAUAUGUGUAAAAAUGCCAAUUCCCUGUGCUUAAUUGGCUCAAGCUCCAAGAUAACUACACUUGUCAGACAUCCCACAGCUUUAAGCAAUUUACCCCCAUUUUCCAUACUCUCAGCCUCUCAAGACUUGGAGAAAUACGAGUGGACUUCCCAAAAAUUAAGUAAAGUUGCCUCCAAUCAUAGCCUUCAGACCAUGUGAGAGACUGGGAGCGAAAUGGUUAUCCCACCUCCCUCCCAUCCUGGACGCACCCCACCAUCCCCUCCACCCCAACAGCUCUGACCCGCAUAGAUGGCUAUAAAAGAGACAGUGACUCUGGCGCAUCUCAGCAUCACCUGCGCUUUCAUCCUGAAGAAGGAAAACCAGGCAAAGACAAAACAACGAUGCAUUCACUACUGAAGGUCACCGUUCUGCUGUUUUGCAUUCAGGCUGGAGAAGGACACUGGCUUAGAACACUACUGGACACGGACCUCCAUAAUGAAGAACGUAGAGGAAGUGAUGGUGAGGCAAAGGAGGGUUCAGGGAGGCAGCUGGAAAGAGCGAUUCGGUUGCCCCGCAGCGCUGAGUCCCCAUGUGCUCUGCACUCCAUCCUGCUGCAGGUACGAGACCUCGGGUUGGGCUAUGACUCGGACGAGACAGUGCUGUUUAAGUACUGCAGUGGGACCUGUCCUCGCCUUGCCUCCAACCAUGACCUCACACUUGCCAACCUCCUGCAAAGCGGCGUCCUUCAAUACACCGGCCAUUGGCACCAUCAGCCAUGUUGUCGCCCCACACACCAUGAAGACAUAGCCUUUCUCGACAACCACCAUCGCUGGCACAAAGUGGAGAAACUCUCUGCCACUGCGUGCAUCUGUAUGGUGUAGAGAUGAUGGUGGCCAGCCGAAAUCUGGCUACAUAAUAUCUGUUGGUUUAGAGAGUGUAAAAAGUGCCUUGAAGUAAAUUAAGGGCUGUUUAAGGUAUGUUUAUUCAGGAAUAAUAAUAUGUAUGUAUUUAAAUAUAUGAAGAUGUGAAUGUCACUUUCUCUGAUGACAUUAGCUAAUAUUGUGUUUGAUAAUGUCAAAAUGUUCAGAUCUGGUUAAUGACAACACAGUGACGUGUUUGAGUGGCCGAGUCCAGACUUGAUCCGACGAAUUGUCCAUCCGAACCAAAAAUUGAACAUAUUUAUGUGAUAAUAAAUUAUCUAUUUAUUUGAAAACCAUACUACCCAAUAAAUUAUUGUUAAUAUUUAUUUUUCUUCUUUGUAAAUAUGUACAGUUCUCAUUAAAUAUACAAACAAAAGUUGUUUGUUUGGUUAACUAACUACACGGAGUGAUUACAAUAAUGAACUAUGCAAAAAAGCCAACACAACACUGUGAGCAAUAGCUAUUAAGAUAUUCAUUUG